GUGGACAUAGGGUAAAGGAGCGGAAAGGGCUUGCGCGUGUGGGUCGCAGCCUCCCUUCUGUCAGCAGUCAGGCGCCCUGGAUAUGGCGGCGGCCGCGGCAGCGUCAGUACUGCUGGUGGCGGCGGAGAGGAACCGUUGGCGGCGUCUCCCGGUCCUGCUGCUGCCGCCGAGGAAAUGGACUUGGAAGCAAAGAACCAUGAAGUAUGGAACAACCACAGGAAGAAACAUUACCAAGGUCCUCAUUGCAAACAGAGGAGAAAUCGCCUGUAGGGUGAUGCGAACAACCAAAAAAAUGGGUGUGCAGUCCGUGGCUGUUUACAGCGAGGCAGACAGGAAUUCCAUGCACGUAAAUAUGGCAGAUGAAGCAUAUUUUAUUGGACCAGCUCCCUGCCAGGAGAGCUACCUCUCUAUGGAGAAAAUUAUUCAAGUGGCCAAGAUCUCUGCUGCACAGGCUAUCCAUCCAGGAUAUGGUUUUCUUUCUGAAAAUGUGGAAUUUGCUGAACUUUGUAAGCAAGAAGGAAUUAUUUUUAUCGGUCCUCCUUCAUCUGCAAUUAGAGACAUGGGUAUAAAAAGCACAUCCAAAUCCAUAAUGGCUGCUGCCGGAGUGCCUAUUGUGGAAGGUUAUCAUGGUGAGGACCAGUCUGACCAGUGCCUGAAAGAACACGCUGGGAGAAUUGGUUAUCCCGUCAUGGUUAAAGCUGUCCGCGGUGGAGGAGGAAAAGGCAUGAGGAUCAUUAGAUCAGAAAAAGAAUUUCAAGAGCAGUUAGAAUCAGCACGAAGAGAAGCUAACAAGUCUUUUAAUGAUGACGCUAUGCUGAUUGAGAAGUUUGUGGACACGCCAAGGCAUGUAGAAGUCCAGGUUUUUGGAGAUCAUCAUGGCAAUGCAGUGUACUUGUUUGAAAGAGACUGUAGUGUGCAGAGGCGACAUCAGAAGAUCAUUGAGGAGGCCCCAGCGCCUGGUAUUAAACCUGAAGUAAGACAAAAACUGGGAGAAGCUGCAGUCAGAGCUGCUAAAGCUGUAAAUUAUGUUGGAGCAGGCACUGUGGAAUUUAUUAUGGACUCAAAACACAAUUUCUACUUCAUGGAGAUGAAUACAAGGCUUCAAGUGGAACAUCCUGUUACAGAGAUGAUCACAGGAACUGACUUGGUGGAAUGGCAGCUUAGGAUUGCAGCAGGAGAGAAGAUUCCUUUGAGACAGGAAGAAAUACCUCUUCAAGGCCAUGCCUUUGAGGCUAGAAUAUAUGCAGAAGAUCCAAACAAUAACUUCAUGCCAGGGGCUGGACCACUGGUGCACCUCUGUACCCCUCAAGCAGACUCUUUCACUCGGAUUGAAACUGGCGUUCAGCAAGGAGAUGAAGUUUCAGUACACUAUGACCCCAUGAUCGCGAAGCUGGUCAUAUGGGCUGCAGAUCGUCAGGCGGCCUUGACAAAACUGAGAUACAGCCUUCGUCAGUACAAUAUCGUGGGAUUAUGUACCAAUAUCGACUUCCUAUUGCGCCUGUCUGGCCAUCCGGAGUUUGAAGCCGGGAAUGUACACACUGACUUCAUCCCUCAACACCACAAAGAACUGCUGCCCAGUCAGAGGGCUGUAGCCAAAGAAUAUUUAUGCCAGGCAGCUCUGGGUCUCAUCCUCAAAGAGAAAGCUAUGACCGAUGCUUUCAAACUCCAGACACAAGAUCAAUUCUCUCCAUUUUCAUUCAGCAAUGGAAGAAGGCUUAACAUCUCAUACACCAGAAACAUGACUCUUAGAGAUGGUAAAAAAGAUGUAGCAAUAGCUGUAACAUAUAACCAUGAUGGGUCAUAUGGCAUGCAGAUUGAAGAUAAAACUUUCCAAGUCACUGGUGAUCUUUAUAGUGAGGGAGACUGCACUUACCUGAAAUGUUUUGUUAAUGGAGUUGCUACUAAAACUAAGCUAAUUAUCCUGGAAAACACUAUUUACCUAUUUUCCAUGGAAGGAAGUAUUGAGAUCGGCAUUCCAAUACCCAAAUAUUUGUCUUCAGCAAGCUCAGAAGGAAUUCAGGGAGGUACCAUAGCUCCUAUGACUGGAACCAUUGAAAAGGUUUUUGUAAAAGCUGGUGACAAAGUAAAAGCUGGAGAUUCUCUGAUGGUUAUGAUCGCCAUGAAGAUGGAGCAUACCAUAAAAGCUCCAAAGGAUGGCACAAUAAAGAAAGUAUUCUACAAUGAAGGUACUCAGGCCAACAGACAUGCUCCUUUAGUAGAGUUUGAGGAAGAAGAAUCUGAUCAAAGGGAAUCAGUAUAAAUUCCAUCAAAGAAAUGGUCAACUGAGCAGUAUCUUUUCUGUACUAAAAACAGAAAGCACCUCCUGUUCCUCCCUGGAUCUCAUAAACAGUUUUACUAAAUAAAUGAUUGUGGGAUUGUGCUAAAAUGUUUCAUAUUUGAGAAUCAUGCUCUUGGGUCACAAAUGCAACAAAUUAUCUCAGAAAAUUUCAUACUAAUAAAAUUGAAUUCUAGGUUUUUACUGGAA